AUGGGAAUGGGAGCAGGAUGUGGAAGUCCCUGAAGCAACGGCUGGGAUUCAAGCGCAUGGGCUGCUGCGGCACUGCCACGUGGACCCCAUCGGCCCCCACUAUCCUCACCGUCAUGGCCGAGUCAUCGCCCACCCAAAUGCUGGACGACCCAGAUCAAGAGCGCGAUCGCGAUCAUGCUAUGCACGCGAGUGACGUCCCGGCGCGCGACGGCGACGGCGACCGCGCACCGCACGCUCCUCCGCUCUCUGGGAUGAACCUGGCGACGGCGCUCGAGGCGGAGCGCAACGCGGCGGGCCCGCCCGUGAAGACCUUGAUGAGGCUGAUCGAGGAGACGGACGGUGUGGAUCUGAGGCAGGGGCGGAGGAGGGACAAGGGGACGACGAGGAAGAGGAGCGGAGGUGGCGUGGGGUGCGAUUGGGUGUGCUGCGUGUGCAUGGAUAGGAACAAGGGCGCGGCUUUCAUCCCGUGCGGCCACGCCUUCUGUAGGGUGUGCUCGAGGGAGCUGUGGGUCCAUCGGGGGUGUUGCCCCAUUUGCAACCGCCCGAUUCUCGAGAUUCUUGACCUAUUUUGAGACAUCCUUCUUCAAAAGGUUUCGAUUUUUUGCUUGCACA